AUGACUAUUUUGAAACCAAGCGAUGCAGAAUGUUUUUCUUUGAAAUUACCUAAUGUCGUUUAUACUCCAAAAGGUGAGUCUACCACAUUUGAUGAAGUAGUACAAAGAAAACUGGGGUUGGAAUAUAGAACAGGUGCUGCUAUAACCAUAGCUAGAUCAAAUAUUUAUGUACAUGGCGGAUUAACAAUUCCCUUAAAUUUAAAUCAGGUUAAUACUUUGAAAUUACAGAAGGAAUUAAUCCUGUAUUUUGCUAAACAAAGAAAUAAAGAUGGCAUCUCAUUCCAAAAUUUGAAUCAACAUAUGAGUUCAGAACUAUUUUUCUUAGAUCUCAUUUCCAGAACUUGGAAACAUAUUCCAACUACCAUUGAUGAACAAUCUACAAUUAAUAAAUCCACCCAACUUACCAUGGAAAAUGAUCCUGAAUCUAAUACACAUUUAACAAUAACGACGCCUACAGCUGAAGUCAAUAAAUGUCAUCCUUUACUCUGUCCCUUAAAAGAAAGAUUAUAUCAUUCAAUCUGUUUUUUUAACUCUGCUUUAUACAUGUUUGGUGGUUUGAUUGUAUCACCACAAAAUGGUUAUGAGCUAGUUGCCUCUAAUGAAUUAUGGAAACUAGAUUUAAAAGGACCAAAACCUUCUAAAUGGACUUUACUUUCGGAUGAUCCAAGCAUUACAAGAAGAUUCAAUCAUACUAUGCAUGUGGUAAAUGAAUCUUCUGAUACCAAAGACAUCAAAUUGAUUAUUGUUGGUGGGUUAACCAAUCUAAAUGAACCAAUUGACACUAUAGAAGUAUACAAUAUUACUAAAAAUUGUUGGCAAAAUGAUGUAAUUCCACCUAAACCUUUGACCUUAAAGACAAAUAUUGACUCAUUUCCCAUAAGUUUAACCAAUGAUAGAAACUUUUGUAUUUUAAUGGACAAUAAUAAAAGCAUAAUUCCAACCUUAGCAUUUUUUACACCCAAUUGUCAAAACACAACAGAUAUAUCAAACAAAGAAGUAAAAAGAGAUGAUAUAUCAGAUGACAAUGAUAAUAUUAACCUUAUCCAUGAAAAAGAUAAAAUUAAUAGGAUUAUUUCUCCUAUUACUGCAUUACCAUUAAUACCCAACUCUGAGGGGGUGAGAAUGACAUACAAUGGACUUCAAAAAAAGGAACAUUUGGUAGAACCAUUUAAUCUGAAGUCUCCAACAGGAGAUAAUUAUGGAAACAAUAUAUUAAUUGGUGGAUUUUAUCCAGACAGAAAGGCAUCUAGUUUCAAAUGUUUUAACUUUGACACUAUUUCAGGGAAAUGGACUAAUAUAUCGAUCAAAUGCCUUGAUUCACAACAUGCUGAACAUAGAUUUUGGAGGACUUUUGUCUGGAAAUCUCAUCAUCAAGCAUUUUUAUUAGGAACUAAAAAAAACGAUGGUUAUUUACCUAGUGUCCAAAAAUUUGAUCAUAUAUUAACAUUUAGUUUAUCAAUGAUAAACGAUUUUAAUAAUAUCUAUCCAUCGUUAUCAGAAACACCAUGGUUAGCUUUAGGUAAUGAUAUUUCCAAUUCAGUAGCACCAAAUAAUUUAAACAAUAUAUUUAAGCAAAAGUUAACUGCGAGCUAUGAACAAAAAGCACAAGAGAUUAGAGAUAGUGAAAAAAAUGAUAGAAAGAACUCUAUGUCUCAGUUUGAAAAAUAUACUCGUUACAUUGCACCUUCUGUCGACUUAAAUAACAUUAGAUCUACCUUUCCUUCUUAUGCCAUGGUUUUAGGUAAAGAUUCCCUUGAAAUUUUUGGUAAAUCCUUAUCAGAUUUUGAAUUUAUCACUUCAGAAGGAGAUACCCUUGGAGUUCCAUUAUAUUUAUUAAGAAAAAGGUGGGGUAGAUAUUUCGACUUAUUGCUGGCCAAAAGUUAUUCUAAUGUUAUUGCAGAUUACGAGCAAUCUGGGGUACAAUCAGCACUUCUGAAAAAUACACAAAGAUCAUCUAGAGCUGGCUCUACAGACCUUAGUGGCAAUAGACGUUGGUCUUCUAUUAGUUCCCUUUCACACUCCCUCUCUAGACAAGAUGCCGAAAAUAGUAUUAGUGGGGUUAGCAACACCUCAUCGUACAAAACUCCUGUCGUUACUGGGAAAAUUGAAAAUAAUUCACUACCGAAUACCACUGUAAGACGAUCCGAUUCAUUAGAUGAGGAUAAAGAAUUAUUGUCUGAUAUUACUCCAUCACAUAAUAAUAAUAUGAUGUCUCAAAAAAUACAGUUUCUACAACCAGACUCCUCCAGAAGGUUUUCGAGUAUUUCAUUUAAAAUUGAUGAUGGAGAUGAAUCUAUUCCUCCACAUGCAACUACAGGUAAUUUUUCAAAUAUUGUUUCAAACAAUACUAGAAGUAGUUAUAAGAAUAAUCCAAGUUCAACACAGGCACAUGUAUCCUCAUCAACCACGAGUUCUUCUGGUGGGUUGGUGUUUAGAGUGCCCUUUAAGGAAAAUAACAUUACAACAACAAGCUCACCAAAUGCACGAGAUUUAUACCAAGAUAAAAUAAAUAAUUCAAAUAAUAAUAAAAAGAGAAGAUCAUCACUUAUGGGUUUGCCACUCAAAGAUAAAAGUAAAAUAACAUACCCAUGGAAUUUUGAUUUACGUCAUAGACGUGCAUCACAUCCUACAGUCAGUGGAAAAAAUGAUAUUCCUAUCGUGCAAAAUUUGCAGCACCUAUUCUCCAAAACUGGAUCCAGUGCUAGGAGUUCUAUCUCCUUCGUGAGCUCUUCUUCUGAUAGGAUGGGAAAAAGUAGAAAUGGUAGCAGAGAAAAUAGUAUUCAUGAAUUGCAAAAUCCUGGUUUUCUAUCAGUAACGCUACCUCCUCAAAUGGAAGCUCCAAACGAGCCCUUGCCCACUCCAUCAAUAUCUAGUAACCAUACGUCUUUAUAUGAUUAUGAAAUUUCUAGUAAAGAAAGCCCACUGUCAUCAAGAAGACCUUCUUACUUAAAUAAUUAUAGCAUUCCAGACAUGAAAUCAUCAGUGGACACUGUUCAAAAUUCUUUAGAUAAACAGUUAUUAGAAAGUUCAAGCGAAACUAAUUUUCAAAGUAAUUCACUAGACAAAGAAAAAUUAAAUUAUUCUCUACCAAAAACAAGCAACGCAACCUUUUAUGAUUUGUCUAAGAAUAACUCUAUGAUUAAUGGGAUGUCAAGAUUGUCAAUAACUUCAAACACUGAUAGUAUCAGCAGUCACAUACCAAUGUCGCCUCUUGAUUUAGAGCCACUAAUGAUUCCACGGUCUUUAUAUAUGCCAUGGCCAACUCCUACAAUUCGCGCUUUUUCAGAAUUUUUUUAUACAGGUCAAGUUAGUAGUAAGUGGUUAUUUGCACCAGUUGUUCUUGAUAUACUAGUAAUGAGCAAAAUAUAUGAAAUACCACUACUUUACAGCUUGGUUUCAGAAGUACUUUAUUUUCUAAUUGGAAAAAAAGAAAAAAGUCUGUAUUUAAUUUGUAAGGCUACAGAAGUAUCAUUCAAAGAUCGUGUUGAAGAACAUUUUGAAAAUAAUAAAGACAAAAUAACAAAUUAUUUAAAUAAUUGUUCAUACUAUAAAGAUUUAAUUAAAAUUAAAGAAUCAUUGGAAAUGAUUGAUGAUGGAUUUAUAGAAAUUGAUACCCUCGCGAGAUCUUCAAGAACCUAUUCUGAAAGCAGUAGAGGAAGCAGUAGUGAUGGGGAUGGUAUUGAUGGAAUAACCUCAUGGAGGAAUGAUAUGACAGGGCAAUUAAAUAGCUUUUUUCAUACUAUGUAUGACCCCAGUCCUAGACCUAGUCUAAAUUCACUUGGCUCGUCAAGUGGGUUUAUUAGUGUUCCAUUUGAACCAAGAAAAUCUACAAUAAUUCAAUCCCCUAAAGUCAGAAAAAAAUCGAGUUUGAGUAAAGAAAUUGGUAUUAAUGGUCCUGAUGAGGAUCAAAUCUCCCAUUAUGGGGAUGACUUACUAUACACUUCACCAAAAAUUAUGUUAAAAAAACUUUCUAAUAAACCAGAAUCCAUAAAUGGUGGUUACAGUUUCGAACCAAAACGUAAAAAGGGUUCUAUACCCCAUAUAGAUCCAUUAGAUAUUUUAACUCCAGAUGAUACUUGCAGUUCGAGUAGCAGCAGCAAUAGUGAUGUUAUUACUGAUAAUGGUAGUGCUUCCAGUCACACAAAAGAAGAGAAAUUAGCUGAAAGGUCUAUCCUAGAAAAUUUAAACGAAAACGAUACAGUAAUUUCUGGAAAAUCUACAGAAAACUCUUCAAGAACGUCUUUACGUGAUGCGAGAUACUUCCGUGACAUUCGUGAUGAAUCUUUGGCCAAUCUAGAAUCCAGUGUUGGCAUACUUUCAUUGAAGAAAAUGAAAAGAAAGAUCAAGAAAGGUGAGGAAUAUUUUGACGACUCGAUUGAUCCGUUAAUGAAGGUAAAUAACCCCUUACAAAGUCCAUCAAAAUCCCAAAGAUCAUACAGUAAAGUAAGUGUUAAUGAUCCUUUUACAGGGCUGAACUCUGCAAAACUACAUAAGGAUAACUCUAUUGCGAAAGACUGGAGUUCAUUAACUUUAGAAAGUAUGUUAGCUGCAAACUCACCUCCACCAGUGGAUUAUAUCAUCAAAUCCAUUUAUAGGACUGCUGUACUAGUAAAUGAUCCAAGAUUAAUUAUAAGGUGUUUAGAUUGUUUAAAGAUAUCAAAAGCGUUGCGAGACUGUAAGAAAGGUAUCAAGUUUCUUAAUAUCACUGGAACAUAG